CGACGAACCAUCUCAGAAAACGUUCAAAAUUUCUGCCGGGUCAAUGCGGUUGCCGCCUUGCUUGAUCGGAUUGAGACCCUCAAUUGAUUGCGGAGAUUCAUCAUCUCCGCACGAACGCUCCAAUUCCUGUUUAUCCUUUUGAUCAUUGAGCCAAAGAGCCAAUCGAACCUCUCUUCUUCAUUAUGGCCUCCCAGAAAGCACGCCGUGUUAUUUUAACCACCGCGGUGGUCUCAAUCACCAUCGCCGGAACACUCUACGGCGCCGGUAUCAAGACCGAACAAGAAGUUACCCAGACCGUCCAACAAAAACAGGAAGCUACAAUAGACGAGCGAAUCGCGUCUCUUCGGGGCAUGCGGGAAAAUCUAGCGGCGAAGAAAGAACUUGUUGAACGGCAGAUGCUCGAUCUAGAUGCUCGAAUUGAGGAAAGGAAGCAGAAGGGUCUGGACGGGUCAAAGAGGGAGCCUCCCCAUAACGGUUAAAUAUGAGGCUAUAGUUACGGAUUCAACAUGGAGUAAAUAGGCCAUGUUGGAUUAUCUAUAAUUAUAAUGUGGGCUACUUCUUCGGUAUAUCAAGCCCUGCGCUGGGUUUGCUGGUUGCUACCGGGGUGUUUUGCCCUCCGUGGUUUCAAUGGGCAAGCUGAACUAAUUUGAGGUUUGGUUUGACGAUGAGAUCACUACAGCUCUUGCCGUGCUCGAUCAUCUAUUGCUUUCCAUAUCGCUCCACGGUCUUCACGCAUUCACGUCUGGCUUGAGCUAAAGAAGCGUUGCAAGGUCGCUGCAACUCAAGAGCACGCAGGUAUGAGGAAAUGAAUCACUCAUUCCAAAUAAGUGUGUGGUCGUCCUCUGGCCGCGCGGAUGCUGUGCAUCCUCAAAAUAGUUUAUUCCUGGCUCAGUUGCUCAACCGGGC